AUGCGUUUCGCAUAUAUUGCUUCCUCGGCGGUCCUCAUCGCCAGCGUGACUGCCAGCGUCAAGCAGCAAAUUGGUGAUAACGGCGAUGGGAAAUCACACAAUCCAGAGGAUCCAACUACAACUGAUAUUUACUGGACCGUAACUACGACCUCUCAUCCAAGAGACCAAUCAGAAAACCGCCGCUCAAGGCGCUUCUCCUUCUCAAUAUCAUUUCCAACUAUUACAGUGUAUUUUCCAACUUCUCGCCCGACCACGCACCCGACCACAUACCCGACCACGUACCCGACCACAUACCCGACCACGUACCCGACCACAUACCCGACCACGUACCCGACCACGUACCCGACCACGUACCCGACCACAUACCCGACCACGUACCCAACCACGUACCCGACCACGUACCCGACCACGUACCCGACCACGUACCCGACCACGUACCCGACCACGUACCCGACCACGUACCCGACCACGUACCCGACCACGUACCCGACCACGGACCCGACCACGGACCCGACCACGUACCCGACCACGUACCCGACCACGUACCCGACCACGUACCCGACCACGCACCCAACUACCACUACGUAUCCAACUGGAUCUGGUCACUCAACCAAGUAUCCAACUGGAUCUGGUCACUCAACCAUGUAUCCAACUGGAUCCGGUCACUCAACCAAGUAUCCAACUGGAUCCGGACACUCAACGAAGGAUCCAACUGGACAACCGGCCAAGGGUCCAACUGGAUCUGGACAUCCAACGAAGUAUCCAACUGGAACUGGACACCCAGCGAAGUAUCCAACUGGAUCUGGACAUCCAACAAAGUAUCCAACUGGACAUCCGGCCAAGGAUCCAUCUGGACAUUCGGCCAAGUAUCCAACUGGAUCUGGACAUCCGACCAAGUAUCCAACUGGACAUCCGGCCAAAGAUCCAACCGGACAUCCGACCAAGGAUCCAACUGGACAUUCGGCCAAAGAUCCAACCGGACAUCCGACCAAGGAUCCAACUGGACAUUCGGCCAAGUAUCCAACUGGAUCUGGACACUCAACGAAGGAUCCAACUGGACAUCCUCAAACCACGUCGUACCCACUCACCACCACUACUGUUACAGUCAUCACCACUUACUGCCCGGAACCUACCACUGUUACCGUUGACACGACUGCCUACACAGUUACGAAGCCCACCACGUUGACCAUUACCAGUACAAUUACUGCUACGAUUUCAGUAACCACCACUUACUGCCCGGAUCCUACCACCGUUACCUUUGGCACGACCGCCUACACAGUUACGAAGCCCACCACGUUGACCCUUACCACUUACAUUACCAAGCCGUGCGGUGGCUGCCAUACAACAACCCAUCCCAAUCCUUCAUACUCCCUUUCAACUCUAGUCCCAACUUACUCGAACAGUCCCAAGACCUCAAGUUAUCCAACCAGCUACCCCGCAGCUGACCCUGGUGCCAACCCCACCAGCUACCCCGCAGCUGGCCCUGGUGCCAACCCCACCAGCUAUCCCGCAGCUGACCCUGGUGCCAAAACCACCAGCUAUCCCGCAGCUGACCCUGGUGCCAAAACCACCAGCUAUCCCGCAGCUGACCCUGGUGCCAAAACCACCAGCUAUCCCGCAGCUGACCCUGGUGCCAAAACCACCAGCUAUCCCGUAGCUGACCCUGGUGCCAACCAUACCGGCAACCCAGCAGGCAACCCCGCCGGCGACCCAGCCGGCACCUCCCCAUCUGUCCUUGAGUUCACAGGUGCUGCUUCACGGGCUGUUGCUGGUGCUGGUGUUGGUCUUGCUGGCUUGAUGGCAUUGGCCGCUUAUCUUUUGUAA